AUGAGAGAGACCAACGUAUGGAUGAUCCGUAAAAUGCGUUGGUUGCUAUGGGGCUUCGUUGGAUUCAUCCCCAUGUAUAGAAAUUUCUAUUGGGACUACCAAGGUAGAAGAGUUGCUCUCAAGAAGUGGCUUGCAGGUAAAUCUGAAGACGAGCAAAGACAAGAAGCCGAAUCUCUCAGAGCCAACUGGGGAUACAAGCCUCGUUAUGAACCAGUCUAUGAAUUCUCACUUAAGAAAUCAAAGUAUGACACUCAGUCAAGAGAGGAUUACUUCAAGGACUCUCCUCGUCUUGUAGUUACAAGUGGUCUUGAUAGACAAGAAUCGAGAUUAACACCAAAAGAAGUCAGAACUAUUGUUUCUAUUGCCAAAGAGCACAAUAGAACUCCAGGUCUCUUCGACUACAAUGUCCCACAAACAUUCUACUCAUUAUACCCUGAAAUAGAUCAAGAAUCUUAUGUAACUAUCGGAAGCAAUAAGAAAGAGGAUUGCGUGAUAGAAUUAGUUUAGUAUCAAGAUAGGAAAUAUGUCUUGAAGUCAUUUAUCAAAGCAUAGCUAAAGAAGAAUGAUGCGCGCACUUCCUAAGUAUUAAAUGAGAGGGACAUGCUAAGAGAGACUAAUUUCCCAAAUUUAAACAGAUUAGUAACAACUACUAAAGAUGAAAAUAGAAUUUGCUUGAUAUUGGAACUAGCUGAGGGAAGUGACCUUGUCUAGCUUUUAAGAACCUAUAAAACAUUACCUCAGAACUUAGUUAGAAUAGUAGUAGCCUAGAUAUUGAUGACUUUUGAGUACCUUCAUGCUGAGGAUAUAUUAUAUAAUGAUCUAAAAGCUUCUCAUGUUUUCAUAGCACCUAAUUUGAGAAUAGAAUUGGUAGAUCUUGGGCUUAGUGAGCAAUACUAGGAUGGAGGAACAGCUAAACCUGCAGGUACAUUCCACUCAAUGUCUCCAGAGAUGUGCAAGCUUUACUUAAAAACUUCUUGUGAGUGCGAAAUAGACUACUAAAAAGAUCUAGCAACUACUGAUUCUGAUCUAUAUUCUCUAGGAGUUCUAAUCGUAGAGUUGUUAUUGGGCAAGCCACCUCAUGAUUAUGUGUUUAAACCAAAUGAAAGAACCUUUGACGAGAAGUAAGAUUACUUGCACAAGGUAAAAGAUGGACUGAAAUAAGAAUACUUCGACAGUAUCAAGGAUAAAUUAUCAGAAGAUGCUUAUGAUUUUGUCUGUGGAUUAUUGAGAAAAGAAGCUAAAAGUAGAUUGGGAAGUGGUAAAAAAUUCAAUGAGCUAUGGAAUCAUAAAUUCAUGGGAGAGGAGAUGAAAAAGUUGGCAUAAAAUUUAGUGCAUGAUAAGACUUACAAAUUGAGUGAGGAUUUGGAGCAUGAGUUUGAUGAUAUCUUAGAUUUUGUAAGCAUAGCAGGAGUAUAUCAAGAUAGAGAAGAUGAUAUCGAUGCUGAAGCACAAGCAGCAUUUGAUGGUUUCUGA